AUGUCCAAGACAACUCUUGACUUGCCCUGGGUGGAGAAGUACCGGCCGCGGGUGCUAGAUGAUAUCGUAGGAAACCAAGAAACGAUCGAGCGGUUGAAAAUCAUUGCCAAGGACGGAAAUCUUCCGCACAUGAUAAUCUCGGGGUUGCCAGGUAUUGGGAAAACCACGUCUGUUCACUGUUUAGCAUAUGAGCUUCUAGGCAAUGAGUACUACCAUCUGGCUACUUUGGAGUUGAACGCCUCCGAUGACAGAGGUAUCGACGUUGUGCGGAACAAAAUCAAGCAAUUUGCCCAGACAAAGAUCCUGAUACCGGCCGGGCGCACCAAGAUCAUCAUAUUGGACGAGGCGGACUCGAUGACUCCCGGGGCCCAGCAGGCGUUGAGACGUACGAUGGAGAUAUAUUCAAACACCACGAGGUUUGUGUUUGCUUGCAACCAGUCGCUGAAAAUCAUCGAGCCGUUGCAGUCGCGUUGUGCCAUUCUUCGAUACAGCAAGUUGUCAGACGAGGAAGUUUUGGCGAGGUUGUUGGAGAUUAUCAAGGCGGAAGACGUGAAAUUCAACAACGAAGGGUUACAGGCGAUUAUCUUUAGUGCCGAAGGGGACAUGAGACAGGCGAUUAAUAACUUGCAAAGUACAGUUGCAGGGUUUGGUUUUGUCAACGACGUGAAUGUGUUCAAAAUUGUCGACCAGCCGCACCCUUUGGUGAUACAAAAGAUCUUGUCGAAUUGCUUGAAAAAGGAUAUCGAUUCCGCGUUGGAGUUGUUGGACAGUCUUUGGCACAAGGGCUACUCGGCAAUCGACAUUGUCACCCUGACAUUCAAAGUUGCUAAAACUAUUCCCAACGUCGAGGAAGCGAAAAGGCUUGACAUGAUCAAAGAGAUUGGGUUUGCGCAUAUGAGGGUGCUAGAAGGAGUCGGAAGCUACUUGCAAUUGAGUGGGAUGUAUGCUAAAAUUUGCGAUUUAUAUUGA